CUGUCGUUCCCUGCCCGCCGCCCUGUAGCUCUCCCUGUAGCUCUCAGUCUAGAGGAGAACCGGCACCAUGGAUUGGGCUUUGGACCUUUGCGACGAGCACUUUUUCACCCCUUAUGUCUAUCCAGAAUGGAUCCCUGAGGACAACUGGAUGCGCCAAUUCUCAAGCCUUCUUUUUAUGACCUUGGUUGGCGGUGCUCUGACCUACCUGAUCCCCGCCACCAUCAGCUACUACACUCUGUUCGACCACAAGCUCCGUCAACACAAACUCUUCCUAAAGGAUCAGGAAAAGCUGGAGAUUCAGACGGCCCUGAGUGCCGUGCCCGGCAUGGCUUUGCCCACGGCACUCUUUUUCCUCGCCGAAGUCCGCGGCUAUAGCCAGCUCUACGACAGCCCCCAGGAGCAUGGUGGUUAUUGGUUCAUGGCCUUUUCUAGCUUGGCUUUCAUUCUCUUCACCGAUUUCAGCAUCUAUUGGAUUCACCGUGGGCUGCACGCCCCGUCCAUCUACUUCCUGCACAAGAUUCAUCACAAGUGGAAAGUCCCCACCCCCUUUGCCUCGCACGCCUUCCAUCCCCUUGACGGUUUUGCCCAGAGCAUGCCCUACCACAUCUACCCCUUCCUCUUCCCGCUCCACAAGGGUCUGUACCUCGGCCUUUUCAUGUUCGUCAACAUCUGGAGCGUCCUUAUCCACGACAACGACUACCGUGUUCCGGACCUGCUCAAGCCCAUUGUGAACAGCUGUGCCCAUCACACCGAUCAUCAUCUCUUCUUCAAUUACAACUACGGCCAGUACACAACCCUUUGGGAUCGCCUUGGUGGCUCUUUCCGCUAUCCCACCGGCUACCUACCCGGCCAGAGCGUACAUGACGUUGUGGCCCGCAGCAUGUCUGAGAACGCUGCGACUGGCAAAUCAAAGGCUGCAUAGGCCCUCGCUCUGGCUACUUUCCUUUUCUUUUGUCUUUUUUUUUCUCUCUCUCUUUUUUUUUACUUUUUACCGCGGCACGGGCAACGCCCUGUACACGCGUGCAUCAUUCUUGUAGUCUCCGUGUGGACAUGUGUGACAGAGCCAAGUCCCAAACCCGAUCCACUUUCCCGUGCCGCUGAUAAGGCGCGUGGCAAUAUACUUUGUGGACUAGUUUGCCACUCCCUUACAUCCGGGCACCACCUCUUUUGAUUAUGUGUUCAUCUCUGUGCGCUUACGUACUGCAAGUGCAUGGUUCUGCAUGCCAAUACCAUGGCUCGAAUUUUGGGUGGUAUGCAUGGAUGUGAAAAUGUGUCUGUGUGUCUGUGUGAGCCUUCGCGCCUGUAAACGUGUGACCCCACCAAUCAUAGCUCUGCGUUUGACUGACCAACUCUUUGAUCCCAAUGACCUGGCUCUGCCUGCAAAGGCGUCUCUCGUGGUGGCCAUCUGUGCAAAUCCAAGAUGCAAUCACACACUUGACACAA